GGAGCGGCGAGAGCUGAGGCGUUACUCGCUUUGUCACAGGUAGUGUGUAAUUCGAUUGAAGUGACUUGUCAUGGCCAAUUUAGGAAAACAAGGAGAGGUUGAAGUGGACAGUCUUCCUACAGGUUUCAGCAGCAGCAGUAAAGUAUCUGAUGGCUCUCCCAGGAGUUGUGACCCCUGGGACCCCUCCGCGGAGUACCAGAUGAAUCACAAGAGGCGAGGCUUGGCAGUGAUCUUCAACAAUGAGUGGUUUGACUGGCGCCUGUGCUUGCCUGAGCGCAAAGGUAGCAACGUGGACAAAAACAACCUUAUCCAAAGGCUGACAGAACUCAAUUUUGAAGUGAAACAUUAUGAUGAUCUUAAAACGGAGGAACUAUUGAACAAGAUAACAGAAGCCGCUGAGCGCGAUCAUGCUGAUGCUGACUGCUUCGUCUGUGUCAUCUUGAGCCAUGGUGAGAAAGACCACUUCUUUUCCAAGGAUGCCAAAAUCCUCAUGCAGGAUGUUGUUGCCCCCUUCAAAGGGGACAGAUGCAAGAGUCUGGUGGGGAAGCCUAAAAUCUUCAUUGUUCAGGCCUGUCGUGGUGAACAACAUGACGUCCCGGUGACCCCCAUGGAUGUUGUGGACGAUGCAGGGGGAAGUGAUACCAACGAGGUGGUGGUGGAUGCUGGUGUGUUCUACACCCUGCCUGCUGGAGCCGACUUCCUUAUGUGUUACUCUGUAGCAGAAGGCUACUACUCUCACCGGGAGACCCUUCAUGGCUCUUGGUACAUCCAGGACCUGUGUGAGGCGCUGAAACAGCAUGGGACGUCGCUGGAGUUGACUGAACUCUUGACGCUGGUUAACAGGAAGGUCUCCAUGCGCAGCGUCGUCGGUUGCGCCAAACCCAGCUAUAUUGGCAAGAAGCAGGUGCCCUGCUUUGCCUCCAUGCUGACAAAGAAGCUGUACUUCAGAGCCAAGAAUACAUGACCUUUGAUUCCUACACUGAGCUUCCAGUUUCUAUGAGCCUUCAAACGAAUGAAAGCAAUCAUUUUUACACUUUUUAAAUUCUGUACUGGUGCCUUUGAUCACCUUUCGUGUUUCUCUUGAUUGACAGGUUCAGUUUGUGUUACGGGGCUCCUCCUAUAGCUGUGAUGCCUACUGUGAAGAUUGAUAGGUUUAGCUCCGUGAUCAGUGCUCAACAGUUUUGUUGAUAAUGUGUUGAUUUUUUUAAACACUCUUUUUCUUGCAACAAUGUACAUUUUUCCAUGAUUUUUGUGUUCGGUAUAUCUCUUCUUUGAGUGCUAGAUAGAAGGAUUAAAACUAGAUCUUUUUCAAAAAGCAUUUUAUAAGGGGGUAAUCCUUAUGCUAAGGUGUCAAGUUUACCUUUUUGGAAUCUCAGACGCAGUCUUUGGUUUGUUACACAUUGGACUGGUACAAGCAGGAAUGGUGACAUUUUUAUCUAUGCUGCAAAACCUGAAUUCUGAGAAUCAUGAAUGUGCUUUAGUUCAUAGCAAAAGAAACUUCAAAAAACAAAAUUCAAAACAGGUUUUUUAAAAAAAUUUUUUUAUUAAAGAAAUUGUAGAAUGUCCUCUAUGUUCUGCUGUUUAAAUAUGAUGGAAUGAUGGGCUGUAGUUCAAUGCGUUAAAUAUUUAUUCACAACCUUCUUUAAAGGCACCUGGUAGCAUGGGGGUUAGAGCUACUGCUUUUGGCUCUAAAGGUUGCAGGUUUGAUCCUCACCUGUGGUACCGUUGAGUAAGCUACUUAUCCUAAAUUGUUGCAGUAAAAAUAUGCAGCUGUAUAAGUAGGUAAAUAAUUGUAACCUUAACAUUUUAAGUUGCUUUGCAGAAAAGCAUCAGCUAAAUGAAUAAAUCUAAAUGCCAUAGAACUCUGUAUCUGCAGUACACCUUAGCAUCAACACUGUUAUUACAGAAUCACAAGUGACAUUUUGUCACUGAAACAUCAGCAGUUUGUGUGAUUUUGAUUUGUAGGAGUGUGGUGUUGGCAGACAUGUAAAAUGAAAUGCUGUAGGGUCUGAAUUGUAGUUCUGCCUGUAUAUGAAAGGGAAUUAGUGUUUGCCGUUUGCAUAACCUGUUGCCCCUUCUAGUUCCUGCUCCACCAAGUCAACACUUAUCUUCUCACUCCCUUAGCUGAGAGACCUAUCAUGGGGAAAAAAUGUCUCCCUUACCGUUUUCUUGUGGUUGUCAUUUUUGAAGCAGUAGACGAUAAAAGUACGUUUAAUUCCACUGAGGAACACACGAGACUGGCCCCUGGAUAACAGCAUGAUUUUUCUUCAUACUUCAUAGUGUGUGUGGGUUUUUUUUCCCCCUUGUAAUUAAAAAAAAAUACCAUUGGCAAAACAAAAGCUGUAGAAUAUCAGAACAGUUGCAGGUGCAGGGCACACUGGACCUACCCCACUUGACCAUUCUCUCAUUUGACCUGUUUAAUAGGCACCCUGUCAUGCGAUGGUCUCUAUCAUUUUGUGAAUGAUGUCUUUCAUGGGUGGUCGGUAAUGAGACUUAUGAAAUGUUAUGAACUUUGUCAGUAAAACCUUUGGGCUUUUUUUGUGUGUUUUUCAUUUUUUUUUCUGUUAUUCAGAGACUUUAUAUUAUGUGGAAAGGGGACUGAAUGAAAACUGUUUACGUUUUUACACUGAUUUAGGUUUCCCAUGCAUUAUAUUUUUGCAUAUAAAAUUGAAGGUAGGUGAAGGAAGUGUAUGAAUGGAUAUGCAAUAAAAUUCUGAAU